CAGGUAUCUGAGGCAAAAAUUAACAUGACAUUUCUAAAACUAUUAAUUAGCUGUUUAACAUUUAUCACUGUGGAAGCUCUUUUUACUGAUGCCCAAAUUGAGCUAUAUGAAAAAUAUUUGCGAAGUUUUCACAAAAUAACACCAGAGCAUUAUAAUAUUCAACUCGAACCAGAUAUUGAACUAAAUAUUUUUUAUGGCGAAUGCAAUAUUAGCAUUAGGAUUCUUGUACCAACGCAAUCCCUAAUAUUGUAUUCAAAAAUUAAAUUUAUAAAUGAUAUAAUUAUGACUGAUAAUCCACCAAGAUUUCACGGGUACAAAGAAAUUAUUGUUCAUCCGAUAAAAUAUUUAUAUAAUGAUACGAAUGAAAGUGUCCAGAUUUUCUUUACAAAUAACAUAUCACCGGGAUAUUACAUUUUGAAUAUGAAAUAUGAUGGUAUUAUAGGUGAUGAUACAAAGUUAACAAAUUUUUACAAACAAAAAUAUAAAUGGUGGUUAAUACCAACGCAUUUCGAUGUAUUUGGAGCUCGACAAGUGUUUCCAUGCUUGGGCGAAUAUUUACAAGCCACCUUUAACAUUACUAUAAAGCAUCAUAGUAACUAUGCGGCUCUAUCAAGUAUGAAGGUACAAAAAGUGGACAGAGAUGAUGAAGACAUGGCGCUCACACACUUUAAAACCACACCUAGACUGCCCACUUAUCUCAUAGCAGGGAUAGUGACUAAUUUCUAUCACAACUCCACUAAAAAUAUGAUUACAAAUGUGUGGUAUAGAAAUUGUUCCGCAUUGCGCAUGGUAUUUGCACGGAGAGUUAUUGAAGAUAUCACAUUGUACUUGGAACACAGAUGGAUACGUCCAGAAAUAAUUUCGAAAGUGAAUCAUCUUGCGAUUCCGAAUUUUCAAGACAAAGAUAUGGUGAAUUUGGGAUUAGUUCUUUAUAGAGAAAAAGAUAUUAUCUACGAUAAAAAUUUAGAUCCCGCUGCGCGUAAAAUCGAUGUAGCUCGCAUAGUAGGAUAUAAAGUAUCACAGGAAUGGUUUUAUAAUGUUUAUGACUUAGUUUGGGCAUCACGGAGAUCAUUUUGGUUUAACGAUUGUCUUAUUAGAUUUUUGGGAACAUUUACCAUCCACAAGGUUUUCCCAGAGUCCCGCAUAAUGGAUUUGUUUGUGGUACAAUUUCAUCACGAAUUUCUUGAUUUCGAUACUUCUUAUAAUACAUCUCCGUUCAACACUUCUUUUGAAUUUCCCCGUUGCAUUAAAGUAUCUAUUAUAUUGCGGAUGUUACAAAACAUGGUUUCUGAAAACAUAUUUUUGGAGAGUAUGAUUAGCAGAUAUAUAAUUUACAAGUGAGUAAUAUACUAUAUUAUAAUAGUUACUAUGCAAUAGAAAACUAAACAAGUUAAGUAUAAUAAAUAUAAGUUUCAUAAAAUAUUGUGCUUUAUAGUGCUUAUAGUGCUUUCUCUAUUUUUCCGACAAUUGAUAAUCUUCGCGCUUACAUAUAGAAGGAAAUGAUUUUUUGUAAAAUAUUUUUUUUUUUACUUAUUGCCUUUAUUUUUAUCAUUCCAAAUUUUAUCACAAUUCUGCAGAUAAUAUUUAUUUUAUUUUUCGCUUUGUUUAGAGAGCUUAAUCAAUGCACAAUUAUUGUUAUUAUAACUUAUGUUGUUCAUUUUAUAUUAUAUUAUCUAAAUCUUACGCAAUUUCGCUUACUUCGAAUAUAAUUGUGUUUUAUUUAUCAUUUAUAUAUCCAUUUAGCUUCCACAAUGUUAAUUUGAUUUUGUUAUUUCUAAAUAA